AUGCGGUACAAUAGAAUGAGGCUCGCUGUGGCCAUGUCACUCCUUUUGACCGUCCAGUCCGCACAGGCUGGCCCUAUGUGGACUGGCAGAGAAAAGAGAAACCCCGGAGUUUUCCUUGACGUUAGAAUGGAGAACUCACAAGCCCCUACUGCAGCUCAUGAUGGAUACGGAUCCGAGAAUGGAGACCAGACUACGCCACGACCUAUAUUCGAGACACUGAACUCGACUCCGGACCCUAACCCAUUAUUUUCGGAGAACCCAGGAAACGAGAAGAAAAAGGGACCGUACUCUGAUCUACCCGAGCCUAUCGAGGUUAUCCCCGUCCAACCUACCAACGAGGCUCCCCAACCGACAAGUGAAGCUCAGGAACCCACUCAAGAAGAGCCCGUGAACAAACCAACAUUCACACAGAACACUUCUGCGCCGGUUAUCACGACCUCUAUUGUUCCCAAGGAUCCUGCUACUGAGGUUGCGAAGUCAACUUCGGUGGCCGAUCAGCCUCUGUAUCAAUCUCCCGAGGAGAGUGCGGUAGUGACGGAGACUACUCCACCGUCCAAGGAAACCCCAACCUCUGUGAACGAGGUCCCGACCUACGAGCCGGCAAGGGAUGCCACUACUGCUGCUCCUGAAGUGCCUACCACCCAACUCGCCCAGCAGCCAGAGAACUCUGAGACAAAGAGUCUGGAUUCUACAGUUGAUCUUGGUACACUGCAACCGUCAGAAGGAGAAAACACCAAGCCAAGUGCCAUCCAAGAGACCGUAGCUCCUGAAGCACCUUCUUCUCCUGCAAUUGCCUCCACAGAUGAGCAACCUAUAACCACACCCGUUGAGGAUGUGACAACUACUUUUGCAUAUGAGCCAACUCCUACAGGGUACCUCACAACUCAGGCUCCUGGUGACACAGCAUUUCCCAUCAACCCUAAGCAUCCGUCCAACAUCUAUCCCAAUCCUCCUACCGCACCAGCAGGGGAUGUCCCAGAAACCUCAGCUGUGGAGAAAAAGCCUGUUGCUACAACUGAGACGAUUUCUGUAGUCAAGCCCAAGGAUCCACAGCUUGAGACUACGUCUGACGUUCAAGAUCAGCCUGCACCAACUACGGAGGCAGCCCAACCUGAGAGCGAGAUUCCAAUUUCUGAACCUGUUAAGCCUAGCAGCCCUGCUCCUACAUCUGAGGUCAAGCAAACAUACCCUCCUAUUGAAACUACCGAUGGUCAAAAGCCCGAUGCGCCUGCCGAGCCUUCUCCUAUUGAGACUUCAGCGCCUAUUGAGCCUCAGAAUCCUGUGCCAACUCCAGAGCCUACCCAGCCCAAUGGCCCUGCUACAUCUGCAGUUCAGCAGCCGGAAGUACCAGCAGAUACUUCAGCAGUUCAACAGCCAGCUCCUGCUCCCUCAAAUGCCAAGCCUCGGUACCCAGCCCCUGACUCCAACACUCUACCUGCAGCGCCCGCUGGACCCUCAACCACGCCUGCCGUCGUCUCAAAUCCUUCUUCUCCCGAGACCACAUCUGUAGCCAAGGUUAUCCCUACAGGAUCACCUGCCGACGGGGUGCCAACCAUAAACACUGAAGUUCCUACAGGUACAAGUGCUAUUUCCGCGCCUGCUUACGCUAGCAAUGUCGUUGAUGCGCGAACGUACAACGAAGAAUUCGCAAAGCUCACACCCGAAUCUGCAUGUAUGAAGGGCCAGGCUGCUUGCAUUAGUGGACAGAUGGCUCUAUGCGGCGAUGACGGUGCUUUCCAGCUUCUUCCUUGUGAGACCGAAGGCGAGAGGUGCUUUGCUCUCCCGUUGUACAAUGUCGAGGAAGGUAUCAAGAUAGUCUGCGAAGACCCUGCCACUGCGGCCAAGAUUCUCGGAGGAACUCCUGGGGGUGGCGAGGAGAACACUGCCCCUGGUAAUGAAAACCAAGACCAGCAGCCAGUACCUACUUCCACAGUUAAGAAGCAACCCGGAGUUCCUGUGGUUACAGUCACCACCAUCGUUACUGUCGAUGACGGUGCCGUUCCUAAGCCCACCAGCGAGCCUAACCAGGAGCAGCCAGCUCAGCCUACCCAGCCUGUCAAUGAGCAACCUUCGCAGCCUGAUUAUCAGCAACCCACACAGCCUGUACCUGUGCCUGAGAAGCCUACCCAGUCUGCUCCUGAAGAACCAACUCAACCUGCCCCUGAGCACCCGAGUCAACCUGUUACUGAACAGCCUGCCCAGCCUACCUCUCCAUCGCCACCCUCUCAGCCCGAACCAGAGCAACCAUCUCAGCCAGCUCAAACCCAGCCCGUCCAAGAACAACCCUCUCAACCAAAUGAGGAGAAGCCUGCCCAGACAGAUCCCCAAGAGCCUUCCAACCCUCAGCCCACAAAGGCUUAUGAGGACCUCCCACCCACAAAUCCUCCUGUUCCUGAGCCAAGUACGAACUCGAUGGAUCUCCCUGGCGGCACAACCUUGACCAAGUCAAUCGAGAAGCCUGAUGAAGCUAAGCCCACUGCCUCACCAGGUGAUGGCGAUGGUGAAGAUAAUGGUGAUGACAACAAGGACAAAGAUGGCAAUGAUGAUGACAAGCCUACAUCCGUAGAGCUCAUCCCCAUCCCCGACAAGCCCACAAAGGCUCCUGCCCCCGCAGCCACAGAAGCCAAUGCAGACAGCCAAGAUGACAAGAAGCCCACGGCUGUUACUCGUACUGGUGACGAUGCACAUGCCACAACUAUUGUCGUCGAUGGCACACCUACCGUUUCUGUCUACUUCACCGUGACAGUUACAGACAAGGACCAGGCUACUGUCACCGUCACGGAGAAGGAGAAAGAGACUGUUACGCUGGUGAUCAGCGCCUAA